UUAUAAAAUUUUUUCUGUUUAUUACUGUCAUCAAAUGAAACAGUAACAAGUAUAUAUAAACAGUAAAUUUGUUGUCCAUAAAUUACGGAACGCUGUAUUUAGUUAACAAACAAAGCCAAAAAGAUUAAAAGAUUUCCCUCGCAGAGUACACCAAAAAUUAAUAAGCAUUUUAAUUAAAGUUUAAGACAAAUCCCAGCGCAAAAGAGCGAAUGAUCUCCUACUUUUAAAAUAAAAUUAGCGAUGCGUGUCAAACUCUUCUCUUUUUUAAAAAUAUUUUAAAUUUACAUUUUUUAAAUACCGUAAGAUUGAUUGGGUGGCUUUGGCCCUACGAGAUGACUUUAGCCCAAGCGAAAUUUUUGUUUAAAAAUGGUUUAAAAUCGAUACCUUAAGGUAUGCCGGAUGAUGUUUAUUAGCAAAUUGUAGAAAAUUUAUUAUUUAUUUAGUCUAACUUAGUUUACUUAACUCGAGUCUUUGUGAUAUUAUUGUAAAUUGCACUUUAGAAGAAGCACCUAAAAUCCGAAUUUUUUUAGGUGUGUAAACUUUUACAUCAAUAGCAGUACCUGUAGAAGGUUUUUUAUUGGAAUAUACACUGAAUUAAUUUUAAACCAUUAGUUUUUGAUUCAAUCUUGUUUAGAAAGCUUAACAGUUUAUUACUUUUUUGUAAUUGAGGUUAAAAAAAAAAGGCUAUCUUUGGCCCACUACAUAGUGUGAUUUUGGCCCGGGUAAAGUCACCCCAUGUAUUAGAGUAAACCUUUUUUAGUGAUCAUUUAUAGAUAUUAUGGUAGUUACUAUAUUGGACUGAAAAAUUUUGUAGUAGUAAUGCAAUAAAAAAUCAGUAUAACAGUUUGCAUUAGUAUAUCAGUAUAAAAUUAUAGUAAAAUUUGUUUAGUUCUUAGUUUAAAUAUGCCACAAAAUUACAAGCCAAAUCGUGGAAAAAGAAAAUAUGUUACUUAUACUUUAGAACAGUUAGACAAUGCAUUAAAAGAUUUAAAGAAUGGCUUAAUUACUCAAAGACAAGCAGCUUUGAAAUGCGAUAUACCAAGAUCAACAAUAAAAAAUAAAAUAAAACAGACAUCCUAAAAAGUAUGGUGGUCAGCAAAUAUUUACAUCAAAAGAAGAAGACAUGUUUAAGGCAUAUGCAAUAAAAUCAUCUGAGUUUGGUUUUCCUGUUGAUAAAUAUGAUUUAAGAUGCAUAGUAAAAGGGUACUUAGAGAAAAAAGGCGUCAUUAUACCUCAGUUCAAAAAUAGUUUUCCAGGUAGUGAUUGGAUUCGAUCUUUUUAAAAAAGAAAUCUAGAACUCAGAGUAAGAUUUGCAAGCAACAUAAAGCGAAAGAGAGCAGAAAUAGGAACGACUGUGAUUGAUAACUACUUUAUAAAUCUAUCAAAUGAAAUAAAUAAUAUAUCACCUGAUAAUAUAUGGAAACUAUGAUGAAACCAAUCUCAGUGAUGAUCCAGGUUAAAAAAAAUAUUAACAAAGCGUGGAUGUAAGUAUCCUGAACGCAUCAUUAAUUCUACAAAGAUCUCAUUCUCUGUAAUGUUUUGCGGUAAUGCUAAUGGUGUAUUGCUACCAUCUUAUGUUGUUUACAAAGCUGAGUCGUUAUGGAAUACAUGGAUAGAAAAUGGGCCACCAAAAGCAAGUUAUAACAGAUUAAAAAGUGGUUGGUUUGACUCAACAUGUUUUGAGGACUGGUUUUUCUCUUUACUUCUUCCAAGACUUAAGAAGGCUCAAGGAAGAAGUGUCAUUAUAGGUGAUAACGUAUCUUCACAUUUGAGCAUUGCAAUACUGGAUGCAUGUCAAAGCAAUAACAUAGGAUUUGCGGCAUUACCAGCAAACUCUACACAUCUCACGCAGCCUCUAGAUGUUACCUAUUUUAGACCUAUGAAGAUUAACUGGCGCAAAAUAUUAUGUGAAUGGAAGGAGAAAGGAAAAGGAAGGAGAACUGCUUCUCUUCCCAAAGAUGAAUUUCCUAGACUUUUACACCGUUUAAUUACCAACUUAAAUGAACAUGGGAAUGAUAACCUUAGAGCUGGUUUUUGCAAAACUGGAAUUUUUCCAUUAGACAAGUCUCAAGUGCUUUCACGACUACCAUGUUGUAAUGCAGGUUUAGACUCAACUACUGAUUUAGUAAGCCAAUCAUUUUUAGAUCACUUAUGUAAGUCACUGGAUGAUCCCUCAGAUGGUUCUAAAAAACCAAAGCGACGUAAAGUAUGUGCUGUCCCAUGUAAAAGCUUAUGUUCAACAGAUAUAUCAUUGUGUGUAAUAAAUGAAAAUAAUAGAUUAAAUUCAAAUAAUGUAGAUACACAUAUCAGUAUUAUAAAUACAACUGAGACCAACAACAUUGAUUUUGCUGGCCCAAGUACAAAUACUGGAACUACUGAGAGUUCUAAUCUAAUUUUUGCAGAUGUAAGUUUAGUUGUAAAAAGUCAUACAGAAUCUUUAGAUCAUUCAGCAUUUGGCAAAAAGAACUUUCAAAAUAUUGAUAAAACAAAAAAUGUUUGUAAAAAGGAGAAAUUAUUAAAUCUUGUAGAGAAUUGUUAUGUAACUGUUAAAUGCAAUGGAGAGUUAAAUCCUGGACAGUUGAAAAAAUUAAGAAAAAAUGGAGCAGAAAUUACUAUUAUGAAAAAAAAUGGACUUAACUGGAAAUGGUCACUACCAGCAGAGCAAUUUUUUUUCCCCAGUCUGAAAUAGUCAAUUUUAUUGAGGAACCAAAGAAAAUUUCGAAAAGAGGGAUUUAUUCAGUUCCAGAACUUUUUCACUAAAUUUUUUAAAACAUUGUUUUGUCAUUUUUGUUUACUUUAUACCUAAACUGCUUAGUUUACUUGGUACCUAUACUUGUUUAGUUUGUACCUAUAUUUUAUUUACUGUACACAAGAACUUUGUUACUAAAUCUUUUUUUGUUACUUUAUUUUUGUAAAUUAAUUUUCUUUGCUUAAAUAUUGCUGUUUUUAUUGUUGUUUUGCUUCCUUUAGUUCCUUUUUACAGGGUUGGGCCAAAGUCACCCUAACACAUCGGGCGACUUUGGCCCACCAUUCAAACCACCCAACAGAUACUUCAGGUAAAUAAUUUUCAAAUGGGAGACAGAUAGUUCUAACUGUCCUUUCUAUGUACUUCUAAAAGUACUUUGUGUUUGAGGAAAUAACUUUUGCGGGUUUCAUGCAAUAGACAUUAAGAUACAAAAUGGGCCAAAGCCACCCAAUCUUACGGUAGCUCUUUUAGCUAUUAGCAAAGAGAUUUCUUUUUUUAUUGUUAAAAACUUUUUUUUUAAGUAAAUCACUUCGCUUAUGGACUGAAACUUUUUUCAGUUUGUUUGUCGGUGGUUCAAAAUUUACUGCAUCAUUAUUUUGUUUUCUGUCAAGUCGUACCAUUGCAAGUCUCUUUUCGCACACACUUCUUGAAAGUAUCAUUUUUUCGCAUAAUUUCUUAUUAAUUGGAGACUUUAACAAGUUUUGACGAUGGUAUUUAAAAAGUUAUGACGAUGGUAGAAUAAACGGUACUCGUAAAUAAAAAUUCUGUUACAAAAGCUAUGAGAGAAAUCAGUUUUUAAUUUUCGUCAAAUAUGAGAAAUAUCGUUAAAUUUAAACUCUUUUGAGAUUAGUAAAAUCUAUUUCUAGAGAGCAGUUAAAUAGUUCGAUCUAAGAAUAAGAAAUUUGGUAUGACCUUCAACUAGUAGAAACUUCUAUUAAUCUUACAGUUACUAUAAUACCGUGGUGUAACAUUAUGGUCGUGCGGUACAACUUGUUUUCGUAAAGGGUGAAAAAAACUUAUAAAAAAAUCUUAUUAUUACUGACUAAGAUUAAUUACUUUGUUAAUAAUAAGUUAUUUCAUACAAAUAAGUGUUAUAUAAUAAAACUAUAUUCUAAACUAUAAGGAUUUUAUUCUAUGUAAUUAUUUUAAUCAAAUUGCUUUUAAAUGCCAUUACUAGGUUUUUAAAAACAUCGCAUUUUGAGGCACGUUUUCUUUUCAAUUCAAAAACCAUUAGUUUUUUAUUCUAUCUUGUUUUGAAAGCUUAACAGUUUAUUACUUUUUUGUAAUUGAGGUUAAAAAAAAAUAAGUUGUCUUUGGCCCACUACAUAGGGUGACAUUGGCCCGGGCUAAAGUCACCCCAUGUAUUAGAGUAAACCUUUUUUAGUGAUCAUUUAUAGAUAUUAUGGUAGUUACUAUGUUGGACUGAAAAAUGUACUUUGAAUAAAGGUCAAGUGAAUCAAAUUGCUUUUAAAUGCCAUUACUAGGUUUAUUAAAAACAUCGCAUUUUGAGGCAUGUUUUCUUUUCAAUUUUAAAAGCUCCUGUUAAAAUUAAUUAUAUUUUCUGAAAAAAAAUCAUUUUUUUUAAAAGAUUUAAAAAUAUGUUUUUUUUUUAAUUUAAACGAUUUAAAAAAAAUCAUUUUGUUAAAUCUUUUAAACUUUGAAUCACAUGAAUGAUUACGUGAAUCAUUAAUAAUGCCUCACCUUUUGUUUAUCAUAGUUAAAAUAAACUUAAAAUUUAAACUAUAUCUAACGAACGUUUAAACUUUUUUAGUUAACGAACAUGGAGAUUUUUUUAUAAAAGAAGACAUUGUACUGAUUUAAGUU